GCUCCUUUAUUCCUCCCUCCCCCCGCCCCCCGCACCUUUUGCACCUCCCACCUCCCCCAAACGCACACUCGCUCGAACUCCAUCAUGAACAAGAAGGGUAAGGGUGGUAAGAACCGUCGUCGCGGAAAGAACGAGAGCGGCGAUGGCAUGAAGCGCGAGCUCAUCCUUCGCGACGAGAUGCAGGAGUACGCCCAGGUCACCAAGAUGCUUGGCAACGGCCGUAUUGAGGCUUUCUGCUUCUCGGAUGACGGUGGCAAGACCCGCCAGUGCCACAUCCGUGGCAAGAUGCGCAAGAAGGUCUGGAUCAACGUUGGUGACAUCGUGCUCAUCUCCCUGCGCGACUUCCAGGACGACAAGGCUGACGUCAUCCUGAAGUACUCCGUCGAGGAGGCCCGCAAGCUCAAGCAGAACAAGGAGAUCCCCGACGCCAUCCGCAUCAAUGAGGCCAACGUUGGCGCUGACGAGCCGGAUACCGACGAGGACGUCGACUUCGACAUCGACUCCGACGACAUCGACGACAUCUAAGCACGCACGCACUCCCCUUUGCCCCCCUGUGUGUAUGUGUGUAUGCACGCGCGAGACGUCCCCCCUUUCGGGCCCCCAGAGAGGGGAGAGACCCGUGGGCCACGCGAGAGUGGGGUCUUCUGCAUG